UGGGGGUAGGAUGAUUUUUCUGGUGGUUUCUUUAAGAAAGAAAAGUUUGGCACCCAGAAAAAGGAAUAAGUUUGUGUGCUAUAUUGAAGCAAAGAUUGAAAAGAGAAAGUGAGUAUGGAUGGUAUCGUCAAGAUCACUUGCCUUGUGUGCUUUACUAAGGUCUGAUUCUUUGCUUCCUCAUGGCCGGCCACCUAUUAGUAUUAUUACUAUGGUAUGGACUUGUAGUUUAACAAUCCUUCUUCAUUGUGACUACUACUGAAAGGAAACUUGUUUACUUUCAGUCCUCCCUCCAUUCACUUCCCAUUAUCUCUCUAUUCCCAGUUCUCAGUUCCAAGUAUGCAGCGGCAGUAUGAUACCAACCCCCAUUUUCUUCCCCCACUUGACCAUGAAACCCCACAGCCACCACGGGGACCACCGGUCUACAUUCAACCCCGGUCGAGGAUUCCAAGACAACACCAAAUGCAUCAGCCUCAGGGUGCGCCUGACUAUUGGGGUCAGGUUCCCGAGUCGCCACAUAAGGCUCCGGUUCCUGAGUCGCCGCUACCUUUUCUUCCUCAGCAUCAUCAUCCAUCAUCAAACCCGGAAGAUAGGCGGCACCACACUUAUGGUUUCCCUCUGGAAGAACAACGGUCCAAGAGGAAGCUCCCUCUACCACCCAGUUAUGGUUCUCACGUCCCGGGGUCUCCUCCACCGCGUUGGGGUGGUGCCUCGUCCCAUCCUUCAACAGGAGGGCGUAGAACCACGCCAUUUGCAUGCUUUGCCUGCUCCUUGUUGAUUGUUGUAGGCCUGGUAAUCCUUAUAAUUUACCUAGUCUACCGGUCACGAAACCCAGUGUUUGAUAUAUCAAAUGCCAAUCUAAAUGCCAUCUAUCUUGACAUGGGAUAUCUCCUCACAGCUGAUCUUACUCUACUUGCAAACUUCACUAACCCCAACGAUAAAGGGAGUGUAGAUUUCAAGUCCGUAAUGUUGAGUCUUUAUCAUGAUGGAACGCCCAUAGCAUCCACCAAUAUUGAUCCUUUCCCUCUCAUGAAUGGUGAGUACAGGUUUGAAGAUGUUCAUCUAGUCACAACUCAGGUUGCGUUUUCGUCGAAUCAAAGCCACCUGCUAAGCAAGCAAAUGGAGAGCGGAAAUGUGUGGUUUCAGGUGAAGGGUGUAUUUAGAACAAGGUCUAAUGGUCUUUUCAAGUAUUCGUAUUGGCUCUAUGGUUAUUGCACCAUUGUUCUUACUUAUCCUCCGCCAGGUGUCUUGGUUGCCAAAAAAUGCACAACAAAGCAUUAAACAAACACAAAUUUUAUCUUUCCAUGCAUGCUUAAUUUUGUAUUUCAUAUUAAGGUUGGGGUGGGGGGUUUACUCCAAUCAUAUUUGUACAAGCUUCUAUAGGUGUUGUUUACGUUACUCUCCCUUCAAAUGCAAAUUUGGACUUAUUUUCAUCACCUUUGAUGUACCAAAAAAAGUUCAUGGUUGGUUCUUUUUAUUA